AUACGGAGCCACCCCAAACCUAUAGCCGCUCAGUUGUUCCGCAAAUGAGACGUUGAACGGACUCGGUUCUUGAUUCAAAACAACGAAAUUAAAAUUAACAAAAAUUGAAAAAAAAAAACGCAUCGCGCGGACCCCAAGAAAUAAAAAAUUUAAACCUAAAGAGUUUUAUAUCUAAAACAAAACCAAAAUAAACAUAAAAUAAAGAAAAUCUAAAUUUAAAAAAUAUAUUCAGUAAAUAUUUGUGUACAUAUUUUUAAAAAUCAUCAGAAUGGUGUUUUGUGAAUUGUGAAAUCUUAAGCGAAUUCAAAAUUAAAAGUUAAUAAAACGUGUGGAUAAAUUAUUUUGUGAAUCAUAAAGCAGAAAAAAUUAAAUAAAAUCAAGAAAUUAAAAUUAUAGAAAAUUAAAAAUACUUUUUUAAAGCUGAGCAUAUAACUUAUAAGUCUCAAAAUAGGAAACGAAAAAAGGAUACACAAAAAGAAACCAAAACCAAAGAUGAUUUACAUCGAUGACACUGAUCCUGAAGGGAUCCUUGAACCUGCCUUUCCACCACGUGAUGUUACAAUUAAACGAGGUGUAGACGCCAAUGGAAUUUACGACAUGCUCAGUGAAGUUGGCAGGGGGAAAUUUGGCACAGUCUAUCGUUGCAGUGAAAAGGCCAGCGGCUUGAAAUUGGCGGCAAAAUUUGUACCUAUCCCGAAACGUGAGGACCGCCGGAAUGUGGAGCGUGAAGUGGAAAUAAUGAACUCGCUACAACACCAUCUCAUCAUACAGUUGUAUGCUGCGUACGAAUAUCAGAAAAUGAUGUGUGUCGUCCUGGAAUUAGUUGAAGGCGGUGAACUUUUUGAUCGUGUAAUUGACGACGAAUUCGUUCUCACAGAACGCACCUGCACAGUUUUUAUACGACAAGUCUGCGAAGCCAUGCAAUUCAUCCAUCGCAAUAAUAUCCUUCAUUUGGACCUUAAACCUGAAAACAUCCUCUGCCUCACAAAAGAAGGAAAUCGCAUUAAGGUUAUCGAUUUUGGCUUGGCCAGAAAGUUUGAUCCCGACAAGCGUUUGCAGAUCCUUUUUGGAACACCCGAAUUCGUGGCACCCGAAGUAGUUAAUUUCGACUGCAUUACGUACGGAACAGAUAUGUGGAGUGUCGGUGUUAUAUGCUAUGUUCUCCUUUCAGGGUUGUCACCCUUUAUGGGCGAGACUGAUAUAGAAACAAUGGCAAACGUCACGAUAGCCAAGUAUGACUUUGAAGAUGAAGCCUUUAGUAAUGUGUCCCCCGAGGCUUUGGAUUUCAUAUCAAAGUUACUAGUUAAGGAUUGCAGUACCAGGAUGACUGCCACAGAGUGUUUGGAGCAUAAAUGGUUGAAACGGAAACCCAAACCACCACCGAUUGUCUCGCCCAAGCCAACAAAUGUACCCCCGGCCAAAUUAAAAGCAUCAACACCUUCACCUGUACCAGCUGACGUGAUUGAGGAUGUUGGAGAGGUUAAUAAGACAAAAGAACUGGAACAUACAAAGGAUAAUUUAAAGAAUUUCAUUGAACGGUGGGAGGAGCAUCCUAACAGCCCCUAUGUAUUCGAUGCUGAGGAGAAUGUUAUUGCACCCUUAAGAGAGUCAAGAGCAGGAAGCAUAUCCUCAUCAAGAGUAUGCUCGCCAUCGCCAUGCGAAUCUAUUAGUACACUCGCUGACGAUGACAACACUAAAACUGUGGACAACGAACAUGAAGAGGUUACCAACAGCGCCACCGAUUUAACACCUGUCUGCGAGCGUCAAGACAUCUUCAAUAAAACACCACCAGAAACGCCCACACCAACGGGCGAUCUUCCAGCUACCAGCCCAACGUUCAACGGCUUCCGCGGUUACCUGCACUCAUUCGACCGAAGGAAUUCCGACACAAACUUCCUUCUGGGGCGUCGUUCGAGUGGAGAAAGAAUUAAUCUGGCCGAUGAAAUCCGAAAACUUUCUGACCACUUGCUUAUGUUGGCCGAAAUCAAUACAAAGCUCGGAAAUGAAAGUGACAAAGAGACAACCAUCGGAGAGUCAACAACGCAAGCUAUGGAAGAUGCAAGUAGUGUAAAUGCCACAAACAGCAGUAGCUCAACCAAUAGUAGUAGUUCUUCGUCUGUGAUACAGGAUUCCUCCCAUCAUCGCCGAGUGACCAACUUCACAAGCAGUACUAAAUUUACCUCAAGCUCAUCAAGUGAAACUACAAACUCAACAAAAGUAAGUUCACUUUCCGUCCGCCUUCAGAAGUCCAUCGAAGAGACUCCUAAGAUCCUCCUGACAAAUGGAAGCAUCGGCAGCAGACCUCCCCCUGGCACUGGAACAUCAUCGAAGAUUCAGCAAAAUGGCCUCAAGGCUCAGUCGAUUCAGAACGCGAUCAGUAGUUUAGCCACAUCAUCAUCCAGCUCGGCCGAAGCAAGCAUGCGACGUGCCAAAUUUCGAGUUAAUCAAAUGAGUCGUGACGUGCCAAUUGGAUCACCUGACAAACAUCAAACUGUCAACUUGGAAGAAGCCGCGAACACAACCAAAGAUUGUCUGCUGCACUUGCUGGAGAAAUACAACGAGACCAAGAUGCGCAAUCCACUGGGAAGGCAUCAGAGCAUCAGUAUAGAUAGGAAUUUCACUGACAACUUGGAAUACCGAUCAAUGAGUUCCAUAAAUGCCUUCUUCCAGAAGCAGAAGAAUAGCGGGAGAAACGUCAAACAGCUACAAGCCCAAUUGGAGGGAAAGACAAGUAAUAAUUGAAAAAGAACAAAAUUGUCAAACUGAGAGUUCUUGGUGAAUAAAAGAGGAAUCUUUUGUUUUAGUGUUUAAGGUUUUAGUUUUUGUUUUUAUUUUUUUCGUAAACCAAAACCACCAAAAUGAGGAACAAUUUUUUGACAUAAGAUCAAGAUCCUCCUUAAACUACUGUCAAAAAUUAUAUAUUAAACCUACCUACAUACUACCUACUAAUCCCUAUGGUUGUAAUAAUUAAAAAUAUAUUAUUAUUUAUUAAAAGAAACCAAAAAUUCUGUUAAUUGAUUUGUAAAAUUUAAAUAAAAUAUAAAAAUAUAUGUAAACCAACCUAAAAAUGAAUAUUUUGUAAGAUGAGUGUUUGCAAGUUAUGUUAUAAUAUAUGUAAUUUAUUUAUUUUUAGUGAAAAUGAAGAAUUAAUAAAUAUGUUUAGAUAUUUUGUUGUUUA